AUUCAUUGGUUGGCUCUUUUCUGUGCCCUGAGCAGGGAUCGAACCCACAACCUCGGUGACUGGGAAGACGCUCCAGCCAGCGGCGCUGUUCGGCCAGGGGCAGAGCAGACUCGGGCUCCCCAGCGGCCUCUCGCUUUCAGAAGGCGGACAUGGCAGCGGCGUCCUCCCAGCGCAAGAGGGCGAGCCCCAAGCCGGAGCUGACCAAGGAGCAGAUCCAGGAGAUCCGGCAGGCGUUCGACCUCUUCGACACGGACGCCACGGGGACCAUUGACGUCAAGGAGCUGAAGGUGGCGAUGAGAGCCCUGGGCUUUGAACCCAAGAAAGAAGAGAUUAAGAAAAUGAUCGGCGACAUUGACAAGGAGGGGACGGGGAAGAUGAACUUCAACGACUUCCUGACGGUGAUGACGCAGAAAAUGUGCGAGAAAGACACCAAAGAAGAGAUCCUGAAGGCCUUCAAGCUCUUCGACGACGACGAGACUGGGACCAUCUCCUUCAACAAUCUCAAGCGUGUGGCCAAGGAGCUGGGCGAGAACCUCACCGAUGAGGAGCUGCAGGAAAUGAUCGACGAAGCCGACCGAGACGGCGACGGGGUGGUCAACGAGCAGGAGUUCCUGCGCAUCAUGAAGAAGACCAGCCUUUACUGAGUCUCCUCUCCUCUUCUCUUCUGCUGCAAGCACAGCUUCCGUGCCUGCUCUUGUGCGAAACCUGGUUUUUGAGAAGCACAAAUGUUUUUUCCCCAUUAACCUCCCUGUACAACUUUAGUAACAACCUCACACCCAUUUUCAACUUUUGUUGCAACUGUUCUCUGAAAACGUUCUUUGUGAGGUGACCUGCUGCUUCCGUUAAUUCUCC